CGCCCUGUGGGUGAAGGAGAGCGCAGCCGCUACACCGCACAUCAGCUGUGAAGCUGUGAGGACAGUGCGGGGCGGACCCUUCACACCAUUUGCAAUAAUAAUAGUAAAACACACUGGAUCCUUUCACAGCCACACCUGUCCUGUGCAGACCGGCCUCGCCAUGGUGUCCUGGAUGAUCUCACGAUUGGUCGUGCUAAUAUUCGGCACCCUGUACCCAGCAUAUUCCUCUUACAAGGCAGUCAAAACGAAGAAUGUUAAGGAAUAUGUGAAGUGGAUGAUGUACUGGAUAGUGUUUGCAUUUUUUACAACGGCAGAAACUAUAACAGAUAUUAUUCUGUCAUGGUUUCCUUUUUACUUUGAGUUGAAGAUAGCAUUCGUUAUCUGGCUGUUGUCUCCAUACACAAAAGGCUCCAGCGUCCUGUACAGAAAAUUUGUCCAUCCGACCUUGUCAAGCAAAGAGAAGGAAAUUGAUGAGUAUAUAAGCCAGGCCAAAGAUCGCAGCUAUGAGACCAUGAUGAGGUUUGGCAAACGUGGCCUCAACCUGGCAGCUAACGUUGCUGUCACAGCAGCUUCUAAGGGUCAGGGAGUGCUCUCAGAUAAGCUCCGGAGCUUCAGCAUGCAAGAUCUGACACUGAUCAGAGAUGAAGACACGCUUCACCUCCGCAGUCCUGAGUCCCUCAUGAGGACCUCCACAGGCAACAUUCUGGAAACCAUAAAUGAUUCUGAUGUUAACUGGCGUCCUUCAGCCGAAGAAUUAAAGAUCUCUCAAGGUCAGAAGUCAGAUGUGGAACAUUUGGAAUCAAAAACUGAACAGUCAGAUGAUGACAUUGUGGACAAAGUGCCAAAACGCACCCAGAGCCUUAAAGCCCCUAAACAGAAGCUGCAACGUUCCGAGCCACAGUCAAAGAGCGUUAAAGUGCGCCCCAAGAAGAAGACCACGGGCACUGCAAACACUGAGUCUGCUUGAGCUGGAAUACAUGGGAAAAAAGCCGUGCCGAGUGCAAUGUGUCUUUCCAUCUGCCUUCAGUACAUCACUGAUUUGAGUCUUGGUUGAAGCAAGAAGAAGGUUAAGACACAGUAAAGCCACACUAUGUAAAUAGGAGCUAUUGCCUCUUUGUCUUUAGCAGGUCUGGGGAAUGCAGGCAUCAGCACAGCAGCUUUUAAGGCAGUCAUUGAGAGACUAAACUGUCUUCCUCAAUGCUAUUUAACCAUUUUGCCAUAAACCUGUAUUUAAAUUGAGAUUUCACCAAAACUCCACUAGGAUGAAAUUAACCUACAUUGCGAUUUGCAUUGAUCACGAUUUUCCGUUUGAGUUUUACUUUAUCAUCCUUCUGUGCAUUCAGUAACAUUCCUUGUUCUUUUGUGUUGUGACAAAGAAGAGCAAGGGAGCCCAACCCAGCUCAAGCAUGACUUCUAGAGAUGGUUUGAAAAACUUGUGUUGGGCUCACCCCAGUCACUUGUUUAACUUGAAAGUAAUUGCUGUGAAGUCUCACACACACCGGUGACUGAACCUCACGAGUGUAGUCACCUAAAUGCUUCAGUUUUGGCUCUAUCCCUUGAAUCACAAUACAGAAACAACUGUUUAAAGUGACAUGUUUCAUACUUGGAUACAGAUUAUUUCUGGAUCAGGUUCCUCAUAAACUAGACAAAACAGUCAGCUUCCAGGUCUUUGUGACAGUUUAAUGUAUCAUUUGCUUAGCAGUUCAAUCUAAAGGAAUGUUGAAUACAUUUGUAAAUGUGCUGCUGUCUUUAGAUAUUUUCCAGUAAGUUAACUACAUUUGGUGAAUGAUAAUUCAAAUCUGGAUAAUUUGGGAUUUUUUUAUGUUAUAAUGAAGAGUGGGAGUGAACAGGAAGGUGUUUGAUCCAAUGCUUUUUUAUUUAGUGGGAAUGAAGAGGAAGGAAGUUGGUUCAUUGGAAUUCUAUACAGUUGUAGUGAAUAGAAGGGAUUGGAAUUCUGAAGAGGAUCAGAGUACCUUGGUCUGGAUUUGACUUUUAUUUUCAACAUUGUUGGAUCUUAAAUCCAUUAAGAGUUGAUUAAGACUCUUUUUAAUCAUCAAUUGAACCCCCAGCAAAGCAUUUAGAGUCAAAUUAAGUAUAAAGUUAGCAAAUUAAUAGUACUGUACUGGGGUUCCAAUAAGUUCAGUAGAGCUGAAGGCUGGGAUAAGAAUUUCGUGUAGCCAAUAAGUGUCAAUAAAUUCAGAGAUUUUGAGAAAAAUCACUUAUAAUGUAAUCCAAAGUCAAUACACUUGACAGCAAAAGGAUUUUUGUUUGUGCAUGCUUUGUAAGUAACAACAGCAACAACAAUAAUUUGCAUUUAUAUAUUAAGCAUAUGGCAUAGUGGUUCUCAAUUGGUCUAGUGAUAGCCAAGCACAAAUAUCAAUACUACACCAACUUGCCAACAUCACUGUAAUUUUAGGAAUUAACCAAGAAUCAACGGAGCCAGUAAGUAUUGUUUUCUAGUGAAUGAAGUGACGUUUAGGAUGUCACACCAUCAUAUCAGAAGUGAAAUAACAAGAUCUACAGGUUUGCAGUCCCUUGAUUCACAAGAAUUUGAUUAACUUGUUCUUCAGUCAGUUGUUACAAUGUCAACAAUGCCUUUAGCAUGACGACAAAAGAGAUAAUCAGUUAAUAGUUUUGAGGAUGUUACAAGUCAUGGGAGUGAAUAGCUUGAUUGAUAUCGGCAGAACCUCAAGAUUAAUUCACUGUCACAAUUGCGUUAUUCUUUAUAAUUUAUAUAGUGCAUAAUUUAUUACCUUUAUUUCAUUUCAACUUGUGUUUGGUGAGAGGCAACGAGUGCACUGAUUGAGACUGAGGUGGUUUGACGUAAGUGAAAGCGUAUUACAGGUGAGAGAGACAGAGGAGCUGAAGGCUAAGUGGAAUCAUGUGGCAUUACUACAAUAUGAGAUUUGUUUUGGCAAUGGAUUACUGGAAGAUACACUACAUGUAAUAUUUACUGUACACUAUAUAUAUUAUAAAGACUCUUUAAUUCUGAA